AUGGACACCGGGUAUAGACCACUCAGUGUGCCAUGGGACAUAACAGUGGCGCAGGACGGAGAUCUUGUUUAUACUGAUUAUCAAGAUAAAACUGUAAACCUAGUGAAAAAUAAACAGACACACACUGUGAUCAUUCUACGGGAGUGGAGACCUCAAAAUGUGUGCAGUUCCUCCUCUGGUGAUAUCCUGGUUACCAUGAUCAGUGAUGAUGAAAAACAAUCCAAAAAUGUCCGUUAUUCUGGCUCUAGAGAGACACAGAUCAUUCAGUUUGAUUACCAGGGUCGUCCUCUUUAUUCAUCUGGUACUUUUAGUGACAUUAAAUACAUCAGCGAGAACAAGAAUCUGGAUAUCUGUGUGACUGACUGGGGAACUAGAGCAUUAGUGGUGGUCAUUCAGUCAGGAAACCUCCGAUUUAGGUACACUGGUCAUUUCUCUAAUACCAACGAAUCAUUUACGCCACGUGGCAUCACUACAGACAGCCAGAGUCACAUCCUGACAGCAGACUUUAAUAACAACCGUAUUCACAUUCUAGAUCAGGACGGACAGUUCCUCCGUUACAUUCAAACCUGUGAUUUAGACAGUCCAUGGGCUUUAUGUGUAGAUAUCACAGACAACCUCUUUGUGUCUGAGUGUGUCACUGCUAAUGUGAAGAAAAUCCAAUAUCUAUCAACACAUUGUUAA